AUGGAUAUCUUUAGGGCAUUGUCGCUUGGCACGACUGUGAGGAAAGGCGGAAAGCCAGCGGCUGGCGGCGCACUCCCUUCAGCUGGGAGUCGGGCGAACGCACAAUUCUACCAUGACGAUGUUGGAUCAACGAGGGGCACCAAGAGAAAGAGGGCAGACCAAGGCGGCGAAGAAGAAAGUGACGACGACGACAACGACGACGACACCAGCAGCCUGGACUUCUUCGCCCACAAGGAACCCACGAAAGGCACCAAGAAGGCUCCCACCCAGCCCAAAGCACCGCAGAAGCCCAAGCCGUUACCGAAGGCGAAACUCUUGGACGAGGACGAGUGCAAGCAGAUCCUGCGGUCGCAUCGCUUGAAGUUCACACUCCUGUCGGCGGGGGCGGACAAGAAGUCAAAGGUCAAGAAGAGCAAGAAGAAGGCCAAGGCAUCGGCCAAGGAGGUCAAGCCAGAGAAGAAACAGCUGUUCCCACAGCCACUGCAGAGAUUCAGCGAGCUGAGGUCUACCUACCACAUUUCGCCCCGGCUGGCGGACAACAUCGAUGCGCAGGGAUACCGGGAACCGACAGAAGUGCAGAUGGCCGGCCUGCCUCUCCUGCUUGAUUCUGCGCGUGCCCUCGGAAACUCCUUGGGCGAGGAUACAUCAGCGGAAGCGGUUGACUUUAUGGGGGUGGCUCCCACCGGCAGCGGCAAGACUGUCAGCUUCUUGAUCCCUGCCAUAAACAGCAUAAUGAAGAGGCGGGCUGGCUCCGAGGAGCGCAAGCUGCAUAACCUGGAGGCGGUCAUCGUGGCGCCAACGAGGGAACUGGCGAACCAGAUCCACAACGAGGGCCUCAAGCUGACCGCGGGCACGGGUGUCAAAGUAAUACUCAUGAAAAAGGGCAUGCGAAUCGUCACGGAGGAUGCCGAGCCCGAGGACAAGGACAGCGAAAACGAGUCUUCUGAAGAGAGUGAAGAGGAGGAGGACUCUGACUCGGGAAGCGACGAGGACGACUCGACGAAGCCGGUCACAAAAGCCGACAUACUCGUGACGACGCCCAUGCUCCUGCUCAACUUCCUCAACAAAGGGAAACUGAAGCGCACCAUCCCGUCCGUCAGGUCGCUGAUCCUGGACGAGGCCGACGUCCUCCUGGACGAGCUGUUCCGGGACCAGACCAUGGGCAUCUGGCAGGCCUGCACCAGCCCAGACCUCCACCUGACCUUCUGGUCCGCGACCAUGGGGUCCAACAUCGAGACGCUCGCAACAGAGCAGCUAAGGUCCCACCACAAACAGCGGGGCAUGGCGCCCAAGCCCCUCGUGCGCCUGGUCGUCGGGCUCAAGGACACAGCCGUGCCGAACGUGACGCACAGGCUGACCUACACGGCCACGGAGCCGGGCAAGCUCUACGCGCUGCGGCAGCUCCUCCGCCCGGCCCCCGGGUCCUCCUCCUCCGAGGACGGGCCCCCCCUCCGCCCCCCCUUCAUCGUCUUCACGCAGACGAUCGAGCGCGCGACCGCGCUGCACGACGAGCUGCGGUACGACAUCCCGCUCGAGGCGGGCGGCUCGGCGCGCGUGGCGGUGCUGCACUCGUCGCUGCCGGACGCCGCGCGCGCGGCCAUCAUGCGGCGCUUCCGCCUCGGCGAGGUCUGGGUCCUCAUCACGACGGACGUGCUGGCGCGGGGCGUCGACUUCGCGGGCGUCAACGGCGUGGUCAACUACGACGUCCCCACGAGCGCGGCGGCGUACGUGCACCGGGCCGGGCGGACGGGGCGCGCCGGCCGCGAGGGCGGCGUCGCGGUCACGCUGUACACCAAGGACGACAUGCCGUACAUCAAGACGUUUGCCAACGUCAUCGCCAUGAGCGAGCGGCAGGCCGGCAAGGGGGAGUCGCGGGUCCUGAGGGCGCUGCUGGACGCGCUGCCGGACGUCAGGAAGGAGGACAGGAAGAAGCUCAAGACGCGGGGGGUGGAGGCGCGGAGGGCCGGGGGUGCGGUCAUCACGUCCAAGAGCGGCUGGGAGAGGAAGAAGGAGCAUAACCGGAGGGAGGCCAUCAGGGAGAGCCGGAAGAGGAAGAAGGGUGGAGAGGCUGAGUAG